UCGCUGGGCAUCCUUUUUUAAGGCCCCCAAAAUCUCGCGCCCAUUUCUCCCUCUCCGCCUCCUGUAGGCUCUCUACGUCCCCGCUAGGGUUUCACGCAUUGGAUCGAUCGAACGUCGCCUCUUCGUAUUCUCCUCUUCCCUUCUUAUUCCGAAGAGAUUUUGUGAGGAAAUUUGACACCUCAGGGCUUUCGGAUCAAAGAAUGGUGUGGUGAAGGAGAGAUUUUUAUUAGGUUUUCUAACAGCUCAUUGAGAAAAGAGAAGGGCUUAAUUGAACAGCGACAUGGAUGCGAAGAGAGGAGAAGAGAUUGCGAUUGCAGGAAUCACACCUCGGAAAAAGGAGGGGGGAGAGGAAUCGAAACUGAGGGGUUUCGGAAGCUUUCAUGGUGAGGAGAUGUUCUACCGAGCUGAUAAGAUUGAUCUAAGGCAGUUGGAUAUACAGCUGGAGAAGAAACUCUCUAAGGUGUGGAUGGAGGAUAACAGUGCUUCUCAGAAGAAACACAAGGAAGAGUGGGGAAUCGAUCUAUCUAAACUGGAUAUACGAUAUGUAUUAGCACAAGGGACUUAUGGUACUGUGUUUCGGGGAACCUAUGAUGGCCAAGAUGUUGCAGUGAAAUUGUUGGACUGGGGGCAAGAUGGGGUUGUCACAGAUGCUUUUACUGCCGAAUGUCGAGCAUCUUUUCGUAAGGAGGUUGCUGUUUGGCAUAAGCUUGACCAUCCAAAUGUUACUAGAUUUGUGGGGGCAUCGAUGGGAACAUCUGAAUUGAGGAUUCCACAAGAAAACACUGCAAGCAAUAGGCAAAUUUCCUUGCCCACCAGAGCAUGUUGUGUUGUUGUUGAGUAUCUUGCUGGUGGAACAUUGAAGAAUUACUUAAUUAGAAAUCGACGGAAGAAACUUGCUUACAAGAUCGUGAUCCAACUUGCUUUGGACCUUGCAAGAGGAUUGAGCUAUCUACAUUCGGAAAAAAUCGUGCAUCGCGAUGUGAAGACUGAGAACAUGCUUUUAGAUACUCACCGAACUCUCAAAAUUGCUGAUUUUGGUGUCGCUCGUGUGGAGGCACAGAAUCCCAAGGACAUGACUGGCGAAACUGGCACACUUGGAUACAUGGCUCCAGAGGUCCUUGAAGGUAAGCCAUACGACAGAAGCUGUGAUGUUUACAGCUUUGGCAUAUGCUUAUGGGAGAUCUACUGCUGUGACAUGCCAUACCCAGAUUUAACCUUUGCUGAAGUAUCCUCAGCAGUUGUUCGACAAAAUUUAAGGCCUGAAAUCCCACGCUGCUGCCCAAACUCGCUGGCAAACAUUAUGAGAAAGUGUUGGGACUCGAACCCACACAAACGGCUGGAGAUGCAUGAAGUGGUGAGGCUCUUGGAGGCAAUCGACACCAGUCGGGGCGGUGGUAUGAUACCUGAAGAUAAGGCCGGCGGAUGCUUCUGCUUUAAUCCUGCUCGUGGUCCAUAAGAUAUCAUUUUACAGUUCCUUUCUUUUAUUUACAACAAAGGAUUCUAAUGAUGAUUUAUUAUCCUAUCCGUGGUUCGAAGUUUGCUUCUCUCAGUCUACAUAUUUUUAAGUAGCUGAAGGGAUGGUAACUUCGUAUAUGUUGUUUAUUGUAUUUUUUUUCGUUCCAAAACUGUGUGUUUACUUUCUGAGACAAGACAAUAUACUAAUUAUGAGCUCCUCUGGUUGCAGUUGGUGCAUUUGUGAUGUCGACAUUCAUGAUGAGAAUGCUCAAUAAGCUAGUGGCACCUUAAUAUUAUAUAUAUUGUCAGAUUUAUUGGGUGU